AUGAAGUUGACGUCUUUCCUUCUUCUUUGGAGUCUUGGCGGCUGGUCCCCUUUCGUUGCAAACGCCGAUCAAAGGGCUCAAGUGACGUUGACAUUGGACGAGUUUGAAGAUCUCUACUCCACUGCCAAACUCAAGGAUGUUUACCGAAAACUGCAAGACCAGAAACAAAGAAAUCAUGAUGAACAUCUGAGCAAGUUGGAACAACUCAAACAGCAACACCAGCAAGAAAUCUUUCCCACAAACUUUCAGGUCCUCGAGUACGCCGCCAUUGGAAACUACAAUGCUACCGCUGCCACGAGCACCACGGACGAUAAUAACAUGGCAGUUUUCGACAUGAAAAUGACAAUUCGCGUCAUGGGAGAUGAAAGAUUGCGCACAUUGGGCCCAUGCAAGGCAAAGAGCACAGGCGACGCCGACAGCUCGCUGGUGGACGAAUACUCCAAGAUGUGCGAGCUCCUGACUGUGCCUUCUCCCACCGAGUGCAUAACCUCGUGGAUAGCAGUCACCUGA